AUGGCUUCCCCCAUUCUCUUCUUCGGACUUCUAGCUUUCUUUUUCCUUGCUGCAUCGGCAUCUGAUCCUAGCCCUCUCCAAGAUUUCUGUGUUGCGGAUACAAAUAGUCCAGUGCUCCUAAAUGGUUUGGCUUGCAAGGAUCCUAAGACGGUUGUAGCCAAUGAUUUUUCAAGCAGUGGACUUCAUAUAGCAGGCAACACAUCAAACCCUGAAGGGUUAAGCGUGGCCUCUGCACAAAUUCCAGGACUUAACACUCUUGGAAUUUCCCUCCUCCGUUUUGACUACGCACCAUGGGGUAUCAACGCUCCCCACAUUCACCCUCGUGCCACCGAAAUCUUAACAGUCUUGGAAGGUAGCCUUGAAGUUGGGUUUGUUACAUCUACUCCUCCAAACCGUCUUAUCACAAAGGUGCUACAGAAGGGUGAUGUGUUCGUAUUCCCAAUUGGUCUCAUCCACUAUCAAAGAAAUGUUGGUAAAAAAAGUGCCGCCGCCAUUGCUGCUGCAAGCAGUCAAAACCCUGGUUUUAUCCCAAUUGCCAAUUCAGUGUUUGGGUCCAAGCCUGACAUUCCUAGUGACGUUUUAGCUAAGGCCUUCCAGGUGGAUAACAAUGUUGUCAACUAUAUCCGGUCUAAGUUCUAG